CACAGCUAACAGCUGUGAAGCAGAAGGUAGACCCUUGCCACAACACGCUACUCAGAAAGGACUGUUCUAUGGACUUUUUAAAGAAUGGGAGAAUUCCGGCAGUUUGAUCAAGACUUCUACCAGUCUGAAUAUUACAUAGAUGAUCAGGCCCAAGAAGCCCAUGGCUAUGACCCUGCAUACACCAGUCCACAGUACCAAGAUAUAGAUUGUGCGUCUCCGACAUCAGAUGUCUAUGCCUCAUCAACACAUCCACCCUACAGUGGGCAGAUAUUUGAACCUGCAGCUUCAACUGUGGCUCCUGAACAUACUGACUCCUUUGAGGACGAACCUCCACUGUUAGAGGAAUUGGGCAUUAACUUUGAUCACAUCUGGCAGAAGACAUUGACUGUGUUGAACCCGAUGAAGCCAGCGGACGGCAGCAUCAUGAAUGAGACCGAUUUAACUGGUCCUGUUAUAUUCUGCAUCACUUUGGGAGCCACUCUUUUGAUGGCAGGUAAGGUGCACUUUGGCUAUGUGUAUGGAAUCAGUGCACUGGGCUGCGCGGGAAUGUACAUUCUGCUGAAUUUAAUGAGCAUAUCCACAAUAUCCUAUGGAUGUGUGGCUAGUGUAUUAGGAUACUGCCUGCUGCCCAUGGUGGCUCUCUCUGCCUUUGCUGUUUUUUAUUCCUUACAAGGAGUUAUUGGCAUACUGCUGGCCUUGUUUGUGAUUGGCUGGUGCAGCCUGUCAGCAUCUAAGAUCUUUACUACUACACUGGAUAUGGGUGGACAACAGCUGCUGGUGGCGUACCCAUGCACUCUGCUAUAUGGAGUCUUUGCCCUCCUCACCAUCUUUUGAUUGUCCUAAUUUAAAGCUUUCAUAAACCCAGUUUAAGAUGGCAAGAGAACUAAAUUACUUGUCCUAAUGUUUUAGUUUGAAGGAAUGAUAAUACAUGUACAUUAUUCAUCAUACUCCACUCCUGAAAUAAUCACUAACCUGAAAUGCAGUUAAAAAAGAAAGAUGUUGUGUAUAUGGCAGGUGUUAAUUUAUCCAAUGUCCUGAGGCUUUGACUGUACGAAUAAUAAUGAUAAGCAACACAUUAUAUAAAAUCAUCUUGAUCAACAUAAUUGUAUGAUUAAAACUUGUUAUAGAACAUUGUUUUCUAACAUUCUUUUCUAAGACACUAAUAUGUUCAUAUAGAUUAUUACUGUAAAUUAUUAUUCAAUAAUAAUAUAGCAAUAAUAUAGCAUGAAAAUAUAGCAUUUUCAAAAAUGUUUUUUUUUUGCUUUCAAAUUAAUACUGUAAUUUGCAUGCCUUGUGUACAAUCUUUCCCAUCUUGAAAUGCUACAAUACUGUAUAUUUUUUCCUUCCCCAGAGUAUGUGAUCUUUAACUGUACUUUAACCAUCCUUUAGGGUCAGUUGGACCUUUGUUGGGACUAUUCAAGUAGCUCCUAAUCCAAAAUGGAGAUUAUCUCCAUACAGGACAUACAUACUGCUCUCUCUCUCUCUCUCUCUCUGCCUGUCUGUCUGUCUAUAAUGAAUAAUUGAGGUGCAAAUGAGCUGUAUGACCUUCUGAUCUUGUACAUAAUUUAACUUGUACAUGGGGAGGAGGCGCAGAAGGUGUGUCACCUUGCACAGUUCCUUAAGGAUGUGUAGUAAACAAA